AGAACCGAUAGCAAUAGACGAACUGCCUACUCGUCGCCAGUCAAGGCGGAGGAGGGUCUCUCUACGACUACUUCAGUGGUUUUCAAGCUAGUGACACCCGGCGGCAGUCGACGGAGAUCCCAGAUAACGGCAGCAGUAGCCUGGUCGGCAGUGGUUCCCCUUCCCCCGGAGCGAAUUCAGUCUUGUAGCUGUACUCCGGCGAAGCUUUCUCCAACGAAGCUGCAGUUGCUGUUGUCAUCCUGGCUACCUCUAGUUCGCUGUACUCUGUUUUUUGGAGAAGCCCUGUUUGCGCAAUAAAUCCCUUUCUCUAUGUGUUCCUUCUUUGAUCUCCUAACGUUCCAUUUCUCAUAUAAGGCAGCACUGCAGCAGACCAGCGGUCGUCGACUCCAUCUCCACAGCGGCACUUCAGGACAUGAAUUCAAGUUAUACAUAUGGUUGGGAUUUCAUCACAAGCACCUGGGAUUGUAUUGAACGACAAGCACACCUUGAUGAAUGGAAGGAAGUGGAUCCUGAUUUGAAGCAGCUGGGUCGUGUUCUGGCAGAUCAGUUUCUGGAUCCACCUAAAGAAGGCCUAAGAAGGGGGUGCCUGAUUAUGGGCCCUACGGUAACUACAUACCAAAGGCACCAGCUUUUUUGCCCACCCAACCAGCAGUCUCACCAGCAUAACAUUCCAGGCUCCGGGAUUCUGGUUCCCCUACUAUUCAUCUUUCAUGCUUUUCUACAUUAAGCUAGGUCAAAUAAAUUAAUGUGAUUACUAGACCUGUAUCCCAUCCGUGGCUGACUUUCAACUUUCCUCAAAACACAUAUGGGUCGGCUUCUCCCUUUCAAGCUAUGUUCCAUUACUGUUUACUUAUGCAAUACUCCCUCCCUCCCAAAAAAAAAUCUUUGUUCAUUUAAAAAAAGUAGCAUUCUUGAUGUAAUGACUGCUAUAUGGGUUAUAUACUUGUACAAUUGUACAUUUACACUUGGAACACCCUUGUCUUACUAAAUGAAUGGUAAGUAUGUACUAGCCAUGUAAAUUGUGUGAUUACUUCUUCCUAAUUUUCUAUUACUAACGAACAACGCUAUUAAAU